AUGGCUCGCGAAGGCCAUUCAGGCAUGGUCAAAACCAAGCAGAAGUGUCGUACCUCAGUGUGGUGGCCGGGCAUCGAUAAGCAGAUCCAAGACCAUGUUCGAAGCUGUGCAGCUUGCAUUCAGGGUGGGAAGUCCAUCAAACCGACAAAAUCACCUCUGAACCCAGUGAAGUGGCCAAAACAACCAUGGCAGAAGCUAAAGAUUGUUAUAGUUGGUGAGAUUCAUGGUGCUCCAUCAACUCACAAGUACAUCAUCGUUGUCCAUGAUCUGCAUUGUAAGUGGCCUGAAAUACAUCCAUGCAGUCAUGUCAACUCUCAGAGGGUCUUCUCCUUCCUAUGUGAUCUUUUCACAAGGUGGGGUCUCUCAGAGGUUAUAAUUUUGGACAAUGAUCCUCCAUUCCGAUCACAUGAAUUUACAUCUUUUCUGGCCAACAAAGGAAUCAAGCAUUCCACAACAGCAUUCUAUCAUCCGCAAUCUAAUAGAGGAGUUGAGCGAUUCAACCAAACGCCAAAGCAGGGUCUAGGUACACACAGAGCACAAGGUCUCACUUUUGAUCAGGCUCUCCAAGAAACCCUUCUGAAUUAUCGAUCUUUACGUCAUUUUACAACGGGUUACGCUCCUUCUCAGCUUAUGAUUCGACGGCAGUUUCGGCUACCUCUUAGCAUUUUACAACCUCCAUUCCAAGUUGUCACUUCAGAUGUGCCCACCACUGACCAGCUAGCUCAGGACAUCAAAAGCCAACAAGCAAAGAUAAAGGCAUACUUCGAUCACAAGCACCCAGUGCAAAUUCCAAAGUUUCAGCCGGGUCAAGAAUAA